UUUCGGAGCGACCGGUUGCCUGUUAUCUUUGAGCUGGCGAAGUCUCGUUUUCCGCGUCUUUGACUUCCCAUGGCUAGUGGAAGGUGAUCUCUGCGUUUCCGUUGCGCCUCGUCAGCAACUUUGCGCUGGGGCCCAUGGCCUGCUAGAACGUGAUGUUUCCACAGAUAUUUGUUAUUCGCACGUCAUCAGCUUAGGACCUGUUUGAGAGCCACGCUGUCCAGUCUUCGAUUUUCUUUCCGUCCCGCGUCUCCCCCUUCGUACCCUCAACCGCCCACUCCAGUUCGCCGGCAGAACUCAGGGUUCGAACCCCACCCUGCCCUUCCGCAAGUUGUCGCCGAAUGGAGCACAAGGAAACUCCUCCAGCUCCAUCUGUGGCUUUUCUCGUGAUUUGCCUACCUUCUCAUUCCAGAGGGAACUUUCACAGUGUCAGUGCGAUGUAGUACCACACCGUGGCCGCGAUGGAGCAGAAGAAAUCGCCACCCUCCAGCGUAGAGGCGCCUUUCGAACGGGGCCGUGAACGACCUUGUCCCUCUUCUGCGGGAGCCGGUGGCAGCUUCGUGACAGUGUGGAGGCAGGUCCUAGAGCGUGGAGGAGCGCUUCGUCCGUCCUCAGGCUGUCUCCGGGCGUCUCCUGACGGUCAGUAUCUAGCGUGCUCGACAGGCGGAACGAGUCUUUGCGUUCUGGACGCAGUCGGCGUCACAGACCCUGCUCGGCGUUUGCCUUUCUCUGGCCACGGCUCGGCGGUUGUUUCAGUUCUGCUUCCACACCAUCAUCCGUCCUCAAGUUCUGCGUCUUCGUCACAGUGGCGCCUGAGCGACGCCCAGGGAUCAGCUCCCGAAACGGAUGCCUCUUCUGCAUGCUCUGUUUCGACGGGCUCUGGCGGGCACGAAGCUGCGACGGCGGAAAUCUUUCGCAUGCUCAGAGGUGCCUCUGCAGUUCCAGAAAACCGCAGGUUCCGCUGCUUUUCGUGGAGCCCUCCUCUUCUUUCGCGCUACGGUCCACGUCUCGUCAAACAGAACCUCGAUCUGUGCGCUUGUCUCCUUUGUACCGCUACACGCGAUGGAAACGUCGCGCUGUGGGGCGUACCCUCUCGACGCAUGCCCCUCCAGCAGCGUCUCUCUCUGCUUUGUGAUCUUUCGCAAAGAUGGCAUGCAUCCCUGGACCACCAGCCCGCAGAUCCCAGCGCUGGUCAGGCACACAGCAGGAGAGGAGACCCUGGACCGUCUGCAGAGAGGUCAAGGCUAAUUGUUAGCGGAACUGGAAUCGAGUCACAGCCGCUCUGUUACUGGUGGACUUACGGCGAGGAAGAACACCGGCCGUUGCAUACAGCGACUCCCGGGAGGUGUGAUCCAGAUGACGGCUUUGGCAAAAAAACCGAGGCAGACAGUCCCAGCGGCAUCUCCGAUGCGCAAGCAUGCAGAAGAGAAGCUGGGAAUGUUCCUUCCCGCGCGGCAGAUUUUCCACAGGGUAACUCUUUUAGCCGUCGCGCUGGGUCGCGCCACGAAGGCGAUCCUCCUCUCGCUCCCCGUAUUCCAGUUUUCAAAGAAGGCGGAGUCUUGGACUUGGCUGCCUGUGCAAAAGAUCCUCGCAUUCGCUCUUGGCAUGACCCGCUGGUCACUUUCUCUCCAGGCGCGGUUCUUUUGCCUAUAAUUCGCUGUGAGUAUGGCCGAAAGACCGGGCAUGUUGAGCGCAGCCAGGCAGACGGCAUACUCCAGGAGGGGGAAAAGGCCUCCGAGACUGCGCCGCGUUCAGACACAGGAUCGACGCGUAGAGAGUCUGUGGGGGUGCGGGAGGGUGGAGGCGAGCAAGCAGGAAGUUCUUGCAAAUCUUCUCGACAUGAGACAGAGCUCUCGCGUUUCUGUGAUCAGCCUGGAUCAGAGCGAUGUGGUGAAAAUGCCUCGCUUGGCGGCAGCGGCGUCCAACGACCUGGUGUGUGUUUCUUCGCUCGGAAGGACGGCGACUUGCAGGUGGAAGUGGACUCAGCUCGUGGCUGUCUCUGCGCCGUGGCGGGGCCGCAUGCAAUCUCCAUUUUCUGGCUGUCAAACCGACAAACCGCGCUUAGGUUCUGUGCAAAUCGCGAGACCCCGCCAAGGGUAAAUGAGGAAACUAUAGACACACGGGUGUCGUGGAAGCGGCGAGGGAGCCACACAGAGGCUUCGGAGAUGCAGACAGCGACCGCGGCGGAAGGGGGCUCUUCAUCUGCGGACGGUAUCUCAGUGGCAGAGACAGGCUUCACAACUGCAGACUUGAUUGAGAAGUGCCAGAGGGAAGCUGCGAACAUGCGUGGGGGUAAGCGACGGAAAAUACCCGCUAGAAAUGGCAUCGAGUGUCUCUCGAAAACAGCUGGGCCUUGGCGCACAGCUGCGAAGCCAAGAGUUGCUGACGGCGAGGAAGCACAAGAAGGGCAUGAAGCGCGAGACGACAGAACGGACGCGGGAAUGGCCACUCAUGAAACGGGGAACGCUGGAGGCGCUCCCAGAGAAGGUGACUCCCGCGAAGACACGAAGGAGCACAGGGGACGGCGAGGGGAGACGGGCGCUUCCCUAGAGUCAGACGAUGAGAGAGAGGCAACAGAGGCAGAAGACGCAGACCGGCUACGCACCGCUUCGACCAGAGCGGUGGGUUCUGCUUCUGAUGCAAGAGGCGGACGACCUAUGAGGGCGUGCCGCAGUCGCGCGCCCUUUCGAGUGAUAGACAGCAGCGACGACGAGUCCAGCGACGGUAGAGAGGCUGCUCAAGCGCGGGGGGACACACAUGCGAAGCGGAAGAGUGAGAAGAGGCGAAAAGAGAGCGAAGGUGGAAAGAUAGCAAAGGGGAAGGAGCUCAACAAGGCCAGCAACGAGGGGUGUGAAGUGCGUGGGCCCGGUCGGAAACGCAAGCGGAAGGCAGUGAGCAGCGACGACGAUAUAUAUGACGGGGAGAGUACUCCGGAGUCGAGCAGCGACGAAGACGAUUUUGACGAAGAGUCGACCGACGAAAGCGAAGUCGCAGAGGAGGAUUCGGAAGACGAAGACCGAGGGCGAUACGGGAAGAAAAAGGCUCGUGGGGGUGCCAAGGGGAAGAAGACAUCUACACACAAAGGCGCAAAGGCUGAAGGCCGAUCUAAGGGGUCUACGGAUUCACGGAACGCCCCUCAGUCUCGAUGCGCUCGCCCCGAACCUCACCAACCCCGAACAUGGCGCCAGCUCACUCUCCCUGCGCAGCAUGCCGAGGCACAGCGCCUGCUUUCUGCUGCGGCGGAGGCUCAGCGUCCACAUGAUGGGACGCCGAAAAAGGGGGAGAGCGAGGACAGAGACGCUCGGGAGCCUUACGUCCUGCUGGUCCAAGUGCUGCUCAUGCCGGGGAUGUCUGAGAGCUCCGAAGACUCGCCACAGCAGGGGUGGGAGCCGAACUGGCGGAGGCAGACAAUCAGUGACAUCGCGCUCACGCCUUUGACCGUGGAGGCGACGUCGCUGCUUCACCCACAGGGGGAUGGCCGAAGGAGCGAGGAAUGUGACUUGGACUGCGAAGCGCAGGACGAGAGUAUGGAGGUAGUCCAGACCACUCUCCGGUAUCAGGUUUUAGCCACAACAUGCAAUGGGGCUCUCCUGGCUUUUCCAUGCGGGCUGGUCGUGCGCUCGAGAAACUCGCGUUUCUUGGGGUCUGUUCCUGGGGACGACGUAGUCUUACAGAUCGUUCGCUGCAGCGCCGCCACUCCUCAACUGCUGCUGCCGAGUGUAGGCAUGCCUGCUGUCCAUCUGCAUGUGCAGUCUUUCCUGCCGUUUUUUGGCCCUGUACCUCCCAAGGCUUUUUCGCGAGUCCCCAAGGCCUCAACCGCCACUCGUGCAAACACUCUGGAAGCGGCAGCACACAAUGAAACGGAUAGACAGCCGCGCUCUCAAGACGGGGUUGGAGACGUUUGUCAUGCCACAGAUGUCACCUCGAAGGCGACACCCUGGCUGUGGGCGGUGUGUGCGUGUGGCGAACGUGUGAGGGCAGUUGUUUUUGAUGGCGACAGGUGGUGUGUAGCUCCGCAAAGUAGAUGGCGAGAGAGGUCGGAAGACCUGAGAGCGGAAUGCUCGGAAGUCCGAACAAACCCAGAAGAACGGGUUCCGCCAGCGUGCAGUCCCUCCGGGCGACUGGAAGAAUUUUCCGUCACACAGGCCCGAGAAACGAGUGGACUGAACGCGAGAGAAGUCUCUAGGCGUGGACGCCAAGACAAGCUCUGCGUUCGAGGAGGCGCCCCCGUCGUCGCUUCUUUUGCUUCCCUCGUGCCUCUCAACCACGUCCCUCCUGACGUGUGGGACGCUUCCUCGCCGUGUCUUCCUGCGCUGCAAUGUUGCGGCGCAUCACCUUUCUCUCCCGUCGAAAAGGAUAUGUGGCUUCCGCAGGCCACUGUGUACGCAGUUGAUUCUUUCGGAGUCACCGUCAGUUACGUUCUCGGCUCGCUGACCCGUGGCGGCCAUGCUUCUCCUUCAGGUCUGCAUAGAGGACAGUCACUGGAUCUGUGCUGGACACUAGUCCACCUCUCACAGUCUGCAUGCUCGAUUGAAACCGAUCAGGAGGGGUCUCUGCUGCGGCCUUUGGCCUGCGGAGCGCGGCCGAGGAUCACGCGGCACGACAACCUGGACAUGCUGGACGGGCAGUCUGCUCAUGAAGAUCGAUAUGGCGCUCGCGUUUAUGGGCCUGAGUUCAGAGCGGAACCUGGGACGACGGGAGCAACGGAACACAGUGCGAGCGUGGCAACCGUGUACGCAGAAGCUGCCCGUGAGGCGGGGCUCUUUGUGAAAGAAGCGUAUUCUUUAGAGGGUACUAGCCGUGGACAAACCCACGUGAGAGACUCUGAAUUACGCGGCCCCCGAGACGAACGGGGAAGCAAGUUUGAAGAAUCUAGCCGGGAUAGCAGCGAGAAGAACAGCACCAUUUUCCCCGGCGGGAAGCAACUUUUGGAAGACGAUCAGAAGAACCUAGGAGUUCUGCUGAGUGAAAUGCGCGGCCGAUCUGCCCACCAACUACAAGUGAUGCAGCAACUCGGCAAGCUCAGACCUCGAAGCAUGCAAGGACAAGAUCAGCAGCGACAGCGGAGGGGCGGCACGGCUUGUGGACGAAGUUCUGUUCUCUCACUCGCCGUCUCCUCGUCAGGGGCUCUCCUGUUCUCGCUUACUCUGCACCAGCAGGCGUACUUGCACAUCGCCGUCGCCCCCUUGGCUGCUUCCGCGACUGAACUCCUUUUGCUGGGGUGGCAGCGGCAGUGCCAGGAAACUAGCGCAGCUUUGUUUGGUUUGUUGUCCCAGGUCUCGCUGAAGCGUGCAGGUCUUCCAACCCACCCCGCGAAAACUAUCUGUGGCCCCUGCGAAGCUCUUGACAUCAUCCCAGAAGGCAAGCAGAAAAGGGCGUCGUCUUUGCCAGAGACAUGCAAAGAAAUCGGGGACGGAGCAACACUCAGUUGCUGGAGAAAUCAGGAGCCUUUUGCGAGAGCUACUCACCACGGUUCCGUCCGCAUGUCUUGCGGGUCAACUCUUGCACCUGCCCUGCCUCGAGCUGCGCUUGAGGCUGUCGAUGCUGUUCCCCUCUGGGAACUUGCUUUCUCCCUCUGCGGUCCGAAACAGCCCGUGUGGUCUUCCAGGCCGGCCUCGGCGUCCGAAGCUGGAGGCGCCACAGGGCGCAAACGCCGCCGAGGUCACUUGCAGAGCUCUGGAAUGUCCUCACGCUUCGCGUGGGAAGACGCUGAGCUGGAUGAAGGGAUUCUGUCUGCGGACUGCCUUCAAGAGCCUGAAAGCUGCGCCGGGUUCAGUGGGGACGAGGAAACUGUGGAGCAGCCGGUGUGUUGCAGUUCGAUUAGCCUCUCUUCAGAGGGUGGCGAAUGGCUGGCCGGGAAUUGGGGAGUAGAGACGAAUGGUAAGAGUGGAAGAGAGGCGCGGGGGGCUGUCUCUUCUCUACUCACUCAGGAGCGAGAGGAACGAAAAGGGGAAUGGGACGACCUGUUGAAACGGUUUUUGGGGCAAGGCAACACAGGACUGUGCAUGCGGGGGGACGGGGCGGUGUCUUGGGGAGCCAGCGUGAAGCCCAGAGACUUUCCGUCUGCAGCGGCAGAUCUCCUCAGAGUGGCGUUCUUACAGGCAGUCUCUCAGCGCAGCUUGGGUGGCACUGUUUCCGCCGCAAGCAACUGUGGGGCUCCAGAGUCUGUGAACGCGCUCAUGGACUGUCACUCUAGCUCAGACCAGCAACAGUCGGCCGGAGUUGCGCUUGACAUGGGUGGCUGUCCACUCACUCGAUGCGAUUCCGAUGCAUGCGCGGUGCGCCCCAGCGCUUUUAUGGGAGACUCCGAGGACGCUUCGAAGUUCUGCGUGCAGCCUCGCGAGGUUGAUCUGAGGGGAAGAGUGCUCCUGGGUGCGCUGCUUUUGGCAGUUGACUCCAUCACGAGUAGAUUCAGUUUCCAGCGGCGCCUCACCGCCGCUAUUCGAAGCGCUGGCCUGGCAGCGGUGGCGAUGUCACGCUCGGCAGGCUCCAAGGGGGCAUGCUCUCUGGUUUGUUUGCUUCGCCAUCUGAAACGUAACGUCGACGGACUGCAGCGGCGCGACUGCGGGUCUUCCACAGGCGCUGCCGCGCCAGACACCAGUGUCGAGUUCCCAGGAAGCGGCAAAGCGUCUCAUGGAGGGCAGGACCGCGACAGGCCACCGCGCUGUUAUUCAGGCACAGCCACUGCUGUGGUGGAUGUGGUAGGGUCAGAAGCCAAGCACUUUGUGGAGCAGCACUGCGGAGAAAACUGUUAUUUGAGCAAGUGGGCGGGUCUGCUGUGGCACUGGGAAAGAGUCACGUCGCUCGCGUCUUCUUGUUUUUUGACGGUACCUCCCGUAUGCAGUGGCGGCGAAUCCAUCGGAAAUAUUAUCCGGUGCGAAGGUUUUACAUCCGCAGGAGAUGCCUUGAUUGCGUCUGGAGCGCAACACGUCGUAGAGUUGCACAUGCAGGUGGUUGACCGGUUGUGUCUGCUGCAGCGCCUGAUCGCAAUUAUCAGUUUAUGCCGACCUCCUUUACCCGUUGGCAGCAUGUCUUCUCGUGGCACAGAAUACGACGCUCCAAUGCGCCGUGGUCCGUACUCGAAUUCCACUUCCCCACCGCUCACUGAGCCUUCGCAGGCGAGGUCGUCGCUGAGUGGCACAGUCAUGCAAAAUGCCCUAGUCCCUUAUCAUGCUAAUUCCGCAUCACCUAUGAAUACCGAGGCGUGUGGUACAGCAGCUCGAGAAACUGAGGAAAUCGCAGGGUGCUCGAAACCAGCGCCGGACGUACCUGGGGCGUUGCGAGAUACACUCCUCGAGAUUCUGAAGAAUUUGUGGGGUCUCUCAAAGUGUUCGAAGGCUGAAAUCGAUUCACGGGUUCUUCAGGAAGGCGAUCCUUUGUCGGGAAGCCAGAUGGCAGCGAAGUGGCUGUGCCAAGGCCUCUACGCUGGAGCUUUUAGGAUCCUUCCGCAUUUCCCAGAUCUGUUUCAAGUGCAACGUUUAUGUGGCAAAGCAUCGGUCGGAGGGUUCUCAGGUCGAGGUAGUCUGGGGAGAGAGAAACCAUUCCGUGCCGAAGAGCGAGAGGAAACCUGUGUAAAUGGCUCGCCAGAGAUUUCCGCAGGCGUUGAUGUGACGCACGCAUCCAGCGAACUUGAUACAACGGUAGGUGAUACUAAGGUUUCCGAAGGACCCGGAUCUGUUACCGCGAUCUACUCGUGUCUCAUCUGUGGGACAGAGGCUCAGCUGGUCUUUUUCAAACGUGAUGCGGCCAACUCCAGGAGGCGUGAAUUCAGUAUGCAGGGUCCUGGACAGCCCGAGCAAAACACAGAGCAACACGAGAGUUGUGUUGGAGCAGGCGACCAUCUUGCAACAUCUUUCUGGAGGUGUCCCGCAAAGGAUGACGUGGACGACUGCAUGCAGGGAAUGCUGCCUGUUGAGCGAGAGUGGGGUCACCAGAAUAUGUGGCUGCAGAUAGGUUCGGCGAUAAGUGGUGGCGGUGCCGGCUUCAGCUGCCCCCUGUGUCGAGGAGACCUGCGUCGGAGUGCCUGAUAGUAGACGAGAAUGCAGCGAACAGUGAUACAGAAGUUAGGACAAUUUGAUUUUCGUAACCAGGAGCCAGAGUGCUCCUGCAACCGUGUGUGAUAAUCAUUUUCGAAGGCAUCUUUUGUCGUCUGUAACCAUGCCACAUUUGGAUCCUCCAUACCUCGAGAGAAUCAUUAAUUGCCGCUGGGCGUCGUGAACGGCUGUCGGAAGCACCUCCGGUUUCUUUGGUCAUAAAUAUCCACAUGUGACUAGUGUUUCAGAGAGGUUAACGUGUACGGGCGUUCUUUGGCGGCCGUAAAAGGCAAGGGACUGCACGUGAUUUUUUUGGUGAUGAACGGGAGUCGAUGGGCUAUGACACCUGAUGAAAUGGUAUGCUGAUUUCCCAACUGAUUCUGACACAUCUAAGGUUGUUAAUUCUGUAAUCGUAACAACUCGAAGCGGCCAAACGACGCCAGCGUUGUUUUUCGUGGUUGCCGCCGUUUACAGUGCAUUGUGACUUCGUGGCUUCUGUGAUCAUCCCAUCUGCUGGAGAAUGGCAAGCAGGUUCAGAUAGCAGCACGCUGGUUCUGGAGUGCUUUAUUUUUAGACAUGGAAGGGAAACACAUAUGACCGCGAUACGAGUCAGUUUCGAGCAACAAGACGCCAACGCAAACCGCCACUGCUCGUUAGCUA